CGCUCCCGGUGACCCAGGCUCAGCACUAAGAAGUUGUCAUCACAGGUGACCAUCGGUUUAACUCCAAAAACGAAGGCACAGCCUUUCAAAGCUCGCUGCCGCGUCUGAGGCCACCCUGCCAUAACACAUCAGGCCCUCCCCGCCCCGAAUGUCACCAUCACUUUCGUCCCUGGCGUGGCGCUGGGCCCCAUGCUGCUUCUCUGCCGUCCGGUGGGUCAGCGCUCCAGCGUCGCCCUCGCUGCCGGGCUUCUGUGCGCAUCGGAGCAAAGCCUCUGCCGGGCAAAUGUGAAUCUCCUCUCCGUGGACUGUUGAUUCUUGACACGCCUUUCAGCUCACGGGCACACGACGUGUCCAAAGUGACAGCUGGCCUGUAGCGAUGCUAGUGUCCCCACCGACAAAGGUUGCGUUUCCAGGACCAUCUCAUCAAGAUGGUGGACACAGAAAGCCCGAUUUGCCCCCUUUCCCCAUUCGAGGCUGAGGAUCUAGAAAGCCCAUUAUCUGAAGAAUUCCUACAAGAAAUGGGAAACAUCCAAGAGAUUUCUCAAUCCAUUGGUGAAGACAGUUCCGGAAGCUUUGGCUUCGCAGAAUACCAGUAUUUAGGAAGUGGUCCAGGAUCAGAUGGAUCUGUUAUUACAGAAACCCUCUCACCAGCUUCGAGCCCCUCGUCGGUCACUUACCCGGUGGCUCCAGGCAGUGCUGAUGAACCUUCCAGCGUAGCACUGAACAUCGAAUGUAGAAUCUGUGGCGACAAAGCCUCGGGCUACCAUUACGGAGUUCACGCGUGUGAAGGCUGCAAGGGCUUCUUCCGGAGAACUAUCCGGCUAAAGCUGGCGUAUGACAAAUGUGACCGUAGCUGCAAGAUCCAGAAAAAGAAUCGGAACAAGUGCCAAUACUGCCGUUUCCACAAGUGCCUCUCGGUUGGGAUGUCCCAUAACGCAAUUCGUUUUGGACGGAUGCCAAGGUCUGAAAAAGCAAAACUGAAAGCGGAAAUCCUCACGUGUGAACAUGACCCAGAAGAUGCUGAAACGGCGGAUCUGAAAUCCCUCGCCAAGAGAAUUUACGAGGCCUACCUCAAGAACUUCAACAUGAACAAGGUCAAGGCCCGGGUCAUCCUGGCGGGGAAAGCCAACAACAACCCGCCCUUUGUCAUACAUGACAUGGAAACACUGUGUAUGGCCGAGAAGACUCUGGUGGCCAAGCUGGUGGCCAACGGCAUCCAGAACAAGGAGGCGGAAGUCCGCAUCUUCCACUGCUGCCAGUGCACAUCCGUGGAGACCGUCACGGAGCUCACAGAGUUCGCCAAGUCCAUCCCUGGCUUCGCAAACUUGGACUUGAAUGACCAAGUCACUUUGCUGAAAUACGGAGUCUACGAGGCCAUAUUUGCGAUGCUGUCUUCUGUGAUGAAUAAAGAUGGGAUGCUGGUAGCAUAUGGAAAUGGCUUCAUAACUCGUGAAUUCCUAAAGAGCCUAAGGAAACCGUUUUGUGAUAUCAUGGAACCUAAGUUUGACUUUGCGAUGAAGUUCAACGCGCUGGAACUGGACGACAGUGAUAUUUCCCUUUUCGUGGCUGCUAUAAUUUGCUGUGGAGAUCGGCCAGGCCUUCUAAACGUGGGACACAUUGAAAAAAUGCAGGAGGGCAUCGUGCAUGUGCUCAAACUUCACCUGCAGAGCAACCAUCCAGACAACACCUUCCUCUUCCCAAAACUCCUCCAAAAAAUGGCAGACCUCCGGCAGCUUGUCACCGAGCACGCGCAGCUCGUGCAGGUCAUCAAGAAGACGGAGUCUGACGCCGCCCUGCACCCGCUGCUGCAGGAAAUCUACAGGGACAUGUACUGAUGGCCUCGAAGCGAGCAGCGAAAUAAGCAGCUUUCCAAGGGUCUUCCCGAGUCGACGGCACUACAAAGUGAGAGAUGGGAGCAAUGCCCGCUUUGCACAAAUUCCCCCGUUUUCACCUUAGAGGCUAGGACGAAAGAGCUCUAGGUAACCAGAACGCGAGUCCACGUUUCUUUCUUUCUUUUCCUUUCUUUUUUUUACACCAGUACUUCUCAGAACAUACGAAGUACCAAAAAGCCGGUGACGAGUAGCUAAUAUGCGGUUCUUGGAAAAUUAACGGGAGCGAGGCUUGGCGGUCUGAUUUUAACCCACCCAGCGAUAAUCAAUGCAGAUCUCUUUACAUCACGUUAGCAGUUCACCGUCGGAUUAACUGGUGACCUCGAAAUACGUGGUCUGGCUCCUCCUUUCGCCACCUUUUGACUCUUGUGCCCUUGUAUCGUUUUGAAAACUAAUCAGCACUUUUUAACUUUUAUAAUCCUGUAAAUCUAGAAGAAUCCAAAGGUUAGAUAUUUAAAACGCGGCAAAAUAUUUAUUGGGAGGGGUGUUAAUUCUGUGUCCUGCAUUUGAGGAAUGAUGACAUGCUGGUUUUUAAUCGGAGGAUCUAAAGUUUCUGAAAAUUAUCUGAUAAGCCGUCAGAAUGCA